AGCGAGAGAGCUGAGAUCAUUCGGCCGGCAGUUAGUGUCGUAGUCGAUUCCGACCCAGGUUUCAAGUACUUAUCACAAUGUCUAGUAGAGAGGUUAGAAUGCAAACACAUACUCUGUCAUCUUCAGAGCAAAACCAAGGAUCAUCCAGAGCAAAAUCUGGAUCUGAGUUAAAGCCAAAAAAGAAAAUCUGUUGUGCUUGCCCUGAAACCAAGAAGGUAAGAGAUGAGUGCAUUGUGGAGCAUGGGGAAGCUGCCUGCACAAAAUGGAUUAAUGCUCAUCAUCAGUGCCUUCGCGCAGAAGGCUUCAGUGUUUGAAAUUGCUGAAGAUAAUUGAGCUGAUAUUAAAACAGAGAUUAAACAGUGUUGGUUAGAUUGUCAGUACAAAAUUUACUUCGGCCUUGUUCACAAACAUAGAAAAUGUAAGUUUUGAAAUGAGAAUAUCAUAGCUUUGGUGGAAAUCUCAUCAACCAUUCAAACUAAUAAAUUUCAUAAUUUGUUGUUUUAUUGUAAAGACAAUAUCCAAAAUGCAUUUACAAGCAUGAGUGUAAGUCCCCCAAACUUUUUUUUAUUG